GAUCACGAGAUGAAUGUGCGGACAGUUAUGUCGGAUCUGAUGCUAACAGACAUAAUGGACACGAAGGCUGAGAGCUGUAGUGGCGGUGAACUGAAACGACUGGCCAUUGCUGUCGAGUUGACGGCUCUUCACAAACCAAACCUUAUUUUAUGUGACGAACCGACCACUGGUUUGGACAGUAAUAUAGCAGAAGUGGUCAUGAAUUGUCUGAAAAGUUUGGUCCAAAAGCACGACAUAUGUCUCAUCGCAUCCAUACAUCAGCCAAACUCAGAGAUCAUUGAAUUAUGCGAUAAAUUGUAUGUAUUGUCAAAAGGAGGGCACUGUAUGUAUUGGGGUUCACCUGAAUUCCUUGCCUACUAUUUGAGAAAAUUUCAAAUCGAUUGCACCGAAGAUCAGGUGCCCAUCGAGUCGUUGAUAAAGAUCGGCUCUAAAGGCAUAACUGAUCCAAAAGUGAUUGAAUUGCGAAAUGAGGCCAAUGUUCAGGCAAAACACUCCCGGAGCUGUCUGGAAGUGGUUGACAAAGACUUUUAUGUCGAACAGAACUUCUAUUACAUGUACUUCACGUUCUGGACGUUCAGUUUACUGCAGGUUGUCUUCUCGAUUGUCGAGAAAGUGACCAGGCUCAGUAUAUUUACCAUUGAGCACCAUAAUAAUUGGUAUAGCUCUGGCGUUUAUUAUUUAACCGAGACCAUUAUCGAUUUGUUAUCGGUUACUAUCAAUGCUUGUAUCAGUGCCACGAUUUUGUACAAGCUAUGCAAUGAGCCAGCACAAUUCAAGCGUUACUUCAUAUAUUUGGUUGCCUUUAACCUCAAUCUUCACUGUAUGGACGCAUUCGGCCAUUUGGUGGCAAUAGUAUGGUAUGAAAUGAAGUACCUGUGCGUUAUGGUCGGCCUAUUAUAUGCCACUUUAAACGCAAUGCUCAGUAAUAUAUUCAUUGAGACAAAUGACAUGGCCAAGAAAACACUCUUUUCGUCGGAAAAAGUGAUUCUUUCGGGAAUUCAGGGAUUCAUUGAAUUGGGAUCUUUCAAUGCAUUGAUGGGUCCGUCCGGUGCGGGAAAGACAUCUCUUUUGCGAUCUCUGAAUGGAUUGAAUAGAAAUCUUAUGACAAAAGACUCGCAAAUCUGGUUGAGUCGAAACGUAAGGAUUAGGACCUGUUUUAUAGGACAGGACCAGAGGGAACACCUAAUUAGUGGUCUGACUGUCAAACAGUCCAUCACUUAUGCAUCAAAACUGAAGAACGGGUCCAACAGUGAUGUCGACCACGAGAUGAAUGUCAGGGAACUGAUGGAAGAGUUAGCCAUAAGUGAUAUCUCUGUAGUAAAUGUGGAAAAGUGUAGUUCCGGUCAACAGAAGCGUAUAGUAAUGGCUCAGGAGUUAAGCCCAAGAGUCAAACCAAACCUCAUAUGUGUUGACGAACCGACGUCUGGAGUCGACUCCUAUUCCGCUCUUUUGAUGAUUCAGUGCUUCAAACGGUUGUCCCGAAGACACGGCCUAUCGAUCAUCGCAUCCAUACAUCAGCCGAACCUCGAAAUUGUAAUGAGUUUUGAUUUGUUGUAUAUAUUAGCCAAAGGGGGACAGACUGUCUAUUCGGGUCGGCCCCGGGAUCUCAAACAGCAUUUGACUGAUUGUCAUAUUAUUUGCACUGAAAAUCAAAUCCCAAUCGAAGUUAUCAUCAAAUUAUGUGCAAAUGGUUUGAGGGAUGAGGCGGUCAUUGAGUUGUCGGCGAAAACCAAUGAAGACAUGAAUAAUACAUACCAUAAGAGAGUGAACAAUGAACUCAUACUUCAAUCAAAUGGUAUUCCUAUCGAAACAAAAAGCUUUUCAUUCGCAGAGUUUUGGUAUCUAUUGCUUCGAGGGUUGGCCUAUACUUUGGGACACAACUGGAAAUUCAUAGCCGUUCACACCAUUUGUUAUACAGGUUUGGGUUUUUUCAUAAUAUUCCUGUUCAGCUACCAAUUGGACAGACCUUCCAGUUGUCAACCAUUGGCCUCAAACUAUUGCAACCAAAAUGCCGGCGCUCUCGAGGAAUACAAAAUCUUAGGCAAACAUCUGGUUUACAUCAAUAUAUAUGCGUUCAUAAUAAUGGUCGUUCAGAUUAUCUACACUUCACUUACCAUUUCCAAUGAGAUCCCAGUCUUUUACAAAGAACACCGCAAUUACUGGUACAGCACUGAAUCGUAUUUUCUGGUGACAACUAUCUUGGACUUCGUGCCAUCGAUGGUCUCUAUAGUUAUCUAUUGUCUAAUCAUUAAUGUCUACGAAAUGGAGGGCACAUACGCUGUCCUAUUAUACUGCCUGUCCAUCAGUGCCCUCUCCUACCAAAGUAUUGGCCAUAUAUUAGGCAUUUGUUUCGGUGAAAGGGCUGUCAUUAUGUCCGUACUCUUACUGCCGAUUUUCUUAUGUCUGGGUGGGUUCUUCAUACCCUCCACAGAGUUUGGACAUCCGGUGAUUGAGUUAUCACAUGUAGUUCCCAUGAGAUACACCAUAGAAGUGAUACUCAUAUUCUUCUACGGCUUUGACCGGUGCCCUGAAGGACAGGUAUCUUCAAUAAUGCAUAAGUUUCUAUAUACUGACGAUAUGUAUGACAUGAGCCGCAAUAUACUUGUCUACCAAUUGGUCUGUUAUCGGAUCCUAUCGUCUGUGGGCACCGGUAUAUCUAUCUAUACAUUUGGAAAGGCUAGAGAGACGGCAGAUAUACAGCUGCGACCAAAAUACACCCAAUUUCAUAAUAAUUAG